GACUACAUGGCACGAGUAGCAAGGACACAUCGACUCUGGACAUCUUGGAUCUUCUCCAUUAGAAAAAGAGAGAAAAAUCUCAAACAUAUUGGACACCUACAGCCAGUCCUACAGCCAUCACGUCCCAGUUCCAGCUGUGGUUGAUCAGAGAGAGGAUCCAGCAACAUAACCCAGAGAGAGAAGAUCAAUCAAUGAUCAGCUUUCUCCUCUACUCCCUACUCUCUCUCUCACACACACAAGAACCACUCUCCAUCUUGCCAGCGAAAGAAAGCUUAACCCCAGGCAGCUAUGAGGCGGCGGCCACCUUUCCAUGCCCGUGUCGCCGCCGCCGCCGUGCUCCUGCUCCUGCUGUCCCCCGCCCCGACCUCCCAGUUCGGCCUCGGCGCCGCCAUUGGCGCUUGGAUCAACGGUGCGCCGCCUCCGUCACCUAGUACUGUCUCGUCGUCGCCCUCCUCGGCCGCGCAGGGACAGAGACAGGAGUACACGGCGCUGCAGGCGCUGAAGGCGGCCAUCACGGAGGACCCCCGCGGCGCGCUGUCGUCGUGGCAGGGCGCCAACGUCUGUACCUACAAGGGCGUCUACUGCUCCUCACCGCCCGACGGUGCCGCGGCCGAAGCGUCCACGGUGACGGUGGUCGCCGGCAUUGACCUCAACCACGCCAACCUCCGGGGCACACUCCCCGACGCCGUCUCCCUCCUCGCGCACCUCACGUUCCUCCACCUCAACAGCAACCGCCUCGCCGGCGCCGUCCCGGACGCGCUCCGGGACCUGCUGUACCUCACCGAGCUCGACCUCAGCAACAACCUCUUCUCGGGGCCCUUCCCCACGUCCACGCUGCUCAUCCCCUCGCUGGUCUACCUUGACCUCCGCUUCAACGCCUUCUCAGGCGAGGUCCCGCCCGAGGUCUUCACCAAGAACCUUGACGCCGUGUUCCUCAACAACAACCAGUUCGAGGGCCAGAUCCCGGAGACGCUGUGGUCGUCGGCGGCCACGGUCAUCACGCUGGCGAACAACCGGUUAACCGGCCCCGUCCCGGCAGCGUACGGCUACGGCGCCGUCGGCGGCAGGGUCCGGGAGGUGCUGUUCCUCAACAACAACCUGACGGGCUGCGUCCCGGAGGCGCUCGGGAUCCUGCCGAGCAUCCAGGUGCUAGACCUGAGCUACAACGCGCUGUCGGGCCACCUGCCGAGCACGCUGUCAUGCCUGUCCGGGAUCGAGGUGCUCAACAUCGCGCACAACCAGCUCACCGGCGAGCUCCCGGACCUGCUGUGCGACCUGCGUCGGAUCACGAACCUGUCCGUGUCGUUCAACUUCUUCUCCGGGAUUAGCCAGCGCUGCGACCAGCUGGCGGGGCGGAGCAUGUUCGACUUCGUUGGCAACUGCGUCCCCGGGCGGGACAUGCAGCGGCCGCAGCCCGAGUGCGAUGGCUUCUCCGGCGACGGCGGGCUGAGCUGCCUUCGCAUCCCGGGGGUACGGCCCGUCGGGUGCGCCGAGGCCGCUGUCUCUAUCGGCGUCGGCAUCAGCGUCGGGGGGCUGCCGUUCGGGCUGCCAGGCGCCACCGCGGGGGGCGUGGUCACCGUCACCGUGCCCUGAUCUGCCCUGCCAUUUGUUCUGCUCUGCUUUUCUUUUUUUCUUUUCUUUUUUGGAGGCGAUUAGCCUGUACCGUGUUGCCGGCGCAUCGAUCAUUACAUGAUGGUGGUAAUUGGUGAAUAUUGGUUGGUUCUUGGCUGGUUAAUAGUGUAAUCUUGCCAUUUCGCA